GUCCCGGAAAGAGAGGGGCCGAAUUGAGCACGCGCCAAUCCGUCCCGAGGCUUCACGGGAAAUGUAGUUUAUUCCAGACACGUGGUAGGCGGCUAGCGGCUGUCUCGGAGCUCUCUUUUGAGCUACUUUGCUUGUCAGCUUUAUCUAGACUCUCCGAGUGGAAGGCGGGGAGACUGUGGGCAUCCGAACUGAGUUUCUAUCUUUGAGGAUAGAGAUUCUUUAAAAAAAACAACAAAAAAAGAAAGAAAAAGGAGACUCUUCUUGUUACAUUGACCUAAGGAUCAUUUAGUCAAUUGACAAGCGUUUAUUAAGCUCGUCCCUGCGCCAGGUACUACAGAGUCACAGACAAAAACAAGCUGCGCGGGAACCUAGAUGCCCCUUCCCUUUACCGCUGAGGAUCUCGCUCAGAUUGUCCUGUGACCCCCCCCCCCCGAGUUCUUGGCGGCACUGCCCCUUCUCUCCUUUAUGCGCCUUAUACUUAGCAGCAUUAAAAAAAAAAAAAAGUUGAAUUGAGCGAAAUGACAAAACUUGCAAGUGACAAACAGUGAUUGCGAAUGCAGGUGGGAGAGAAAUAGGGGGACUCUGGGGCAGAAAUACUGGGAUCUGAGGGAAAGGAAGGUGGUUUUUUUUUCUUUAUGUUUUGUUUUAAUUUGUAAAAAUGAAGAGACAGAUCCAGAGAAGGGAACUGACUGAGGCCAUACAAUUAAGUUAGCAGGAGAAGCGUGCAGAAGUGGGAAAAACCAGCGGGAGAGGCUGGCAGGCUUUCCCAGAGAAAGCCAGGGAGAGGGUGCAGACGCUGAGACUUUGCUCUCAGGACUCAUCCCUGAUUCUGUAAAACGUCAAAAUGCCGGUGCAACGCUCCAGUUCCUCCCAGGAAUUGCAGCUCGUUCGCGUGAAUCAUUCUCCUCACAAUCUUGCCCCGACGUUUAGAGAACGGCCUGAGUUCCCGCCCUGCUCCCUCCCGCACCGCCUCUCCGUUCCAUCCCUUUCCAGGAGCGGUAAGGGACUUGGGAAAGUCCUCGGAACAUCCGGGAGGGUGGCUCAGUGUGUAGCGGGAGCCUCGCUUAGAAAGGGGGAAAGGGGAAAGAAACUCUCCCCCAUCCCCAACCUCCUCACAAAGAAGAGGAGCCGAGGGGCUGUUCCUGCAUUCAUACCCCCAGCCCUGCACUAAGCCCGUCUUUUCCCGUGGAAUCGAGGAGUAACGAGAAACUUGGGUUUAGGCUCUAGCUUUAGAGAGCUGGAGUGGGGGGCGGGGUGGGGGUGGGGCGUGUACUUUGCGGGACCAGAGGAGCUAUGGAAGCACCCAGACUUCUAAAAGUUCCUCUUCCAUGGGCUCUGAGACAUCAUCCUGCUAAAAAAGGGCGAUGGGGCCGGAGUUAAGGGUGGCGGGUAAUAUACGGAGAAAGGGGUACCCUAAUGAGCACCCACACGCGCACAUCAAGGAUCGCGGUAGCUGUUGGCUCGUAUCAUCGGCCCUGAGUCUCUUGGGGUUCAGGGUCAGGGGACUGACCAUCCCCACCUCCCACCCCAGCCCCCCGCAAAGGGCUGGGGGGGAGGGGAGAGACGUCUGGCAGACUGUGUGACUCACUGCCCCGGGAGUUGGAGAAGGAGGCGCCGCCCCUCGGCUCUGUGCCCCCCUCUCUCUCCUCCCUCCUUUCCUCUGUCUCGCUCUCUCUUUCCUUUCCUCCCUCUUCUCUCGUCCCCUCCUCCCCUCCCCGACCCGCCUGUUCGGAGAACUUUGUCCAGCCUCCUUCUCCCAAACGAUCCCGGCCUAGUCCGUGGGAGCGCUAAGAAGUCUGUAGCUGCGGGGAGACAGCAUGAACAUCCUGGCUCCAGUGCGGAGGGACCGGGUGCUGGCCGAGCUGCCCCAGUGCUUGAGGAAGGAGGCCGCCCUCCACUCCAACAGAACCUUCCACCCUCGAGUCAGCAAUGCAUGCCAGGAGCAGAGGACCGGCACCGUGGGUAGGUUUAAGAUCUCCAAGGUCAUCGUUGUGGGGGACCUGUCUGUGGGGAAGACCUGCCUCAUUAACAGGUUCUGCAAAGACACUUUUGACAAGAAUUACAAGGCCACCAUUGGGGUAGACUUUGAGAUGGAGAGGUUCGAGGUGCUGGGAGUCCCCUUCAGCCUGCAGCUCUGGGACACUGCCGGGCAGGAGAGGUUCAAAUGCAUUGCGUCCACUUACUACCGCGGAGCCCAAGCUAUCAUCAUCGUGUUCAACCUGAGCGACGUGGCCUCCUUGGAGCACACCAAACAGUGGCUGGCCGAUGCUCUGAAAGAGAACGACCCCUCCAACGUGCUGCUGUUCCUCGUGGGCUCCAAGAAGGACUUGAGCACUCCAGCUCAGUACGUGCUGAUGGAGAAGGAUGCCGUCAAGAUGGCCCAGGAGAUGAAGGCCGAGUAUUGGGCGGUCUCGUCUCUCACAGGCGAGAACGUGCGCGAGUUCUUCUUCCGCGUGGCAGCGCUAACUUUUGAAGCCAACGUGCUGGCUGAACUCGAGAAGACAGAUGCCCGGCGUAUAGGCGACAUCAUCCGGAUCAACAGCAACGACAGCAACCUCUACCUGACAACCAGUAAGAAGAGACCCAAGUGCUGCCAGUGAGCGCGCGGCCCCGGAUGCUGGCACUGCCCGCGGUGCCCGUGGCCACUCUCCCGGUGUCGAGCCCACAAACAUUUGCACUGAACUGUUCUUCCAGACCAAAGAGCUCUCUCAUCCAGGAAGCAGGUGCCCUGCCAGCCUGGGUGCCCUUCUGCCCCGGCACCCCACCAAAGCCUGCCCUCUCUCAGGGUGCUCCGUGGGCACUCUGGGCAGGUGCCCGGCACGGCGGGGCAGGAAAGGCACUGGAGGAUCCCAGAGCUUUGCUCCGCCUGCUGGGCACAAUGGGCACGGGCACCCCUGCUGCCCCCUUGCCCCAUCACACUGUGCCUUAGACAACAGCCUCACUUGUACGGGGUCUCCGAGGGAAGGGGCGAAUGGCGGAAUCCCCAGACAGUGGCAUUUUAGUGCCAGGGGAUCAGGGACAGCUUGCCCCUUUCCUGGGCCGGAUAGGGCUGCCUGAGGCCCCGGGGCCUCCGUAGUCACGCCUGCGGUCCGGGCCCUGACCUUGCUCUGAGCAGGCCCCCUCGGCGCUGACUGGAUGGGGUUGGGGCGACGGAGGGGGGGCAGCUUCUGGGAUCUCCCGCCAGCACCCCCCAAGCUGGAACAGCCGCCGUCCAUAAGGCCCCGGAUAUGAUCCCUGAGACUCUCUUCUCGUGUCCGUUACUCUGCCACCGGGGAGCUGUUCCUUGGGUUAAACUUUGCUUUUCAAAAUCAUCCGAUAAGGAAUAAGUCCCAGACUCCAGGAGUGGGUGUGGGACAGCUGGACAAAGGGCCGUGGGUUUAGGUCCCAAGUGACCCAGACCGGUGACCCUUUGUCUCCCGGACGAGGUGCCUGCCCUCGUUCCCAGUCCCAGGUUACGCUGGCCGGCUUUGCCGCCCCCUCCUCAGAGGCAGAGGUCGGUGGCUCCCUCCGUCACAUCUCGGGCCCCUUGUCCCAUCUGACUUCGGAAUCUCCGAGCCAGAAGGGCCUGGAAGCCAUAUUAUGGAGGAAGAAGCGGGCCCAGAGGAGAAAUGACUCACCCACUAUCCAACGGGCGGCAAAGGGAGAUUUGGACCUGGUUCUCCGGAGCCCCCGUCCCCUUCCCCUGGCCUCGGUGCCCGCCUCCUCCCCUGCAUUUCACCCUCAGCUCUGUUCCUUCCUCUCCCAUGAGGGACGUGCAGGAGGCGAGGCAGGGCUCGGUGGGCCAGAAUCUUCUGCUCUGGAGACGGGCCUGCCCCGGAAGCCCCCUCUCUGCCCAGAGGAAGCUGUUGUUUCACUGCCCGCCCCCAGACUCAGAGUUAAGGUGGCCACUGCUGCUCGGAGGUCUCUGGAGGUUUUUAUUUCAUUGUAUAAAUGGUUCUCCGGUUUUCUGCUCUGCUCUGCCCUGGCUCACACAGAUCUGACCCAGUUUCUCUUAAUUCUGCGUAUUCAUCGCUGCUUGUGGUGCCGUAAGUCCGGCCGCAGCUAUCCCGGGGGGGGCACCCACUGCCAAGAAGCCUGUUCCCAGCAUGGCGGCGCUCUCUGGGGCCUGUCCGGGCCUCCUGGCCGGGGCCCACGCAGUAUCAUCCGGAGGGCCGGCCUCUAGGCCGAUCGUGUCUCCUUACCCAGGGCUUCCGCCGGCCUGUAGGAGACCCCCCCUCUCCCCCGCCACUGGGCGAGUGACUGGCCCCUCUGGGCCGGGCUCCUUCUCUGGGAAUGACCCCCAGUCAUCCCUGGGACCCCCUAAAGCCUCACGGAGGCAGAACCUCAGUCCUUCGUCUUUGUUCCCUCUUCGGGAUGUUUAGUCUAAGGCCAGUUACCCAGCCUGCCUCCGGCCGGCCCUCCUGGCUGCCCCUGCCCAUCCCCUCUCCCUCAAGCUUCAGCCCCCGACGUGGGCGUUCGAGGCCCUCUGUCUCCCUUUCCCAUCUUGCGGUUAAUUUGCCCAACUAGGCUUUUCUGCUUGUUCCCCCGAGUCUGUGGCGGCCCGUUCCAGUUCCCCUCCCCCACGAAGCCCCCUCCCCUUCCGUGCCUCCGCCACCCCCCAGGCCAAAGCGCUUUCCUUGCCUCCCCUCCGGCUUCCGUGCCUUUUGUAUCCUGUCCGCCUGCAGAUUUCUGUUGGAGAGGGGGCCUGUGGGACCCCAAGUGCCUCCCGUGGCACUGUAUAUACUGCAGGUGCUUAAUAAACGCUUGUUGGCUCAA